AUGGCUGAGGAACUCCCGGCUCAUGACGGGGGCAAGAUCAGCACGGAGCGAGUGUACAGCAUGAUCACUCUGGAGAUGCAAGCCCAUGGGCCGUUGGCAAUUCCUGUAAAGCGGACGAAAUGUAUACCGACCGAAGAACACAUCUUCAACCACCCAUACUACAGACCUGUUAUUGAUCCCAAGAAGAACAAUAUUAUUUUCUACACGCAAACACUGAAACCGAUCCUGUCUGGGUAUAUUUUCAAGAUCACCACGGACGAUCCAACGGCCCGAGCGUUACCUUCAAUGGAGCUGAUACAAUUGAAGUGGAACCUGUCAUGUAUUGCUGCGAUGCAGGGAGGUGGUGAGGACGAAGGCAGCGAUGAUGACUCCGAUGGGGGUUCUAUUUCCGUUCGUGCAGGUCCCCGAACACCAAGCAGCGGACGAGGCAUGUGA